AUAUGUAAGAAAUGUGACACUGAUCUGUUAGAUCAUACAUCAUGUUUAACGGGUAGCAUUGACUCCUGAGCCAUCUACUUUCACAGUGUUACUUACUUGGUUUUCAGAUAAGACCUUGUAGUAUAAGGUGAACAUUCCAGAGGCAUUUCUGUCCAUCAUUUUUAAAUUUACAUACAUUUCUGCAUGACUCUGAGCUAAGAAUGCCCUUGAAUAUCUCCGCUUUUACAUUGUGACCAUGUUCAGAAGAGGAUUUAAUUUAGCAUACUUAGGAGUAGGCAAACCUAUAUGUGAAUGUAUCCAGACUCUGUAAAUUAAAAUUCCAAUGCUUCCUUUGUUAAAGAAAAUUAUUGCUUUGGAAAAGACUCCCAUGCUUUCCUUGCCUGCCACAGGAGGCAAAAAUCUUUCUCAGCUCCUCUGUCUCGGCUUUCGUGAUGGCUAUUCUUGGUAGUCAAUUGACUACAUCUGAAAUUAACUAAAAUCCAAAGAGUUGGAUACUGUGGGUUAUUUUCCCUAAUUAUAGCUUUUGAAAUGAAAAACCCUUCUUUAAUUUGGCUCUUCUGAGGUGAUAAGAUCUAGGGCACAGUUUCCCAUAGUAGCCUACAUAUAUAAAGGACAUUGAAGACGGUAGCUCUUUCUCGUUGUCUGCUUGCCCUACCUCUGGCUAACAAGUUCAUUUUUUUUUUUUUUGGUUCUUUUUUUCGGAGCUGGGGACCGAACUCAGGGCCUUGCGCUUCCUAGGCAAGCGCUCUACCACUGAGCUAAAUCCCCAGCCCCACAAGUUCAUUUUUUUAAGGGCAUUACAACCUAUUUCAGAAUUCUGGCGUAUGCUGAGACCAGCUGAGACAUAGAACAACAUGGACUGAACCACUAUUAGAUAGCCAUGGUUGGACUAGUUGGACCACAGCCUAUUCUAAUGUGAAAUAUUCUAAUAAUUCCAUAUACAUAGCUUCAUCCCAUCAGGUCUGUUCAUCUAGAAACCUUUACUAAUACAGCUCUGAGUGUGGAUGUGUGUUCACCUUCCGACGGAGGAAGAUGCGCUGGCUAACAAUACUGCUCCACGGGGUUUGUCAUCUGUUUCUUUCCUUUCUCCCAGGGUUCCCAUACCUACCAGGUGAAUACUAGCUGCAGUUUACCUAAAUCCAGCAUGAAGGACUCAACCCAAGCCAAUUUAGAGUAUUUGUAGGUUUAUUGGGGGCAGCUCUCUAAUAGCCUCACUGAUCCCAAGGAACCAGAGGGUUCACUAGUUCCCAAAGAGGCCAGAGAAGUCGCUAUGGGUGGGUAGAAUGAGGAGGGUGGUGGGGAGAAAGAGAAAGAUUGAGCAAGGCAAGCUGGAAGACAAAAAGGCAGGGGGGAGGGAAAGUGGGGAGGGAAGAAGGGGGAGGGAGGGAGAAGGGGAGAGGGAGAGACACAGAAACAGAGAAACAAAGAGACAGAGAGCACAAAAUGUCUGGUUUAUAUAGGAAGAGCUUCUGGAAGAGGGAAAGCCCAGCCCCUGGGCUGAAAAGUUCAGGAUGCAAGGCGAGGUAUGCCAGCCAUGCCCUAUAACAUGUGGGGACCGAGGAGUGCUGGGAGAACCUGGAGGCCUGACCAGCUUUGGUGUGUUAAAUAUACAGCUGCUUGUCCCAGGUCUGACUCCCAACAGCCGCAAAACAAAAAUCUUGUUCCCCCAACUCCCUCUUUAAUUGUUAAUAUCCCGGGCACCCUUCCGCUUGUGGGACAGAUUGAUAACUUACUGCAAGCUGAGUAACGGGCUAUGCAAGCUAUCUAUCUACUCUGAUUCCAGGAGGAAGAAGGGAAAGAGCCUACUGAAUGCUGUGAGGGAUUUGGCUGAAGUCAGUACCUGAUGAGCACAGGGUCACUGCCCGCAAAGGGGAGGAGCAGGCGACUGAGCAGGGGUAGGUGGAGUCCUCCCUGGGGCUCGGUGCGUAGGGCACAGAAGGGAGGACAGGCACAAGUGCUACUGAAAUGCAAAUCCGUGCAGCUCUUGAAAAGGUCUGGACCUGGACUGGAAGCCUGUGUCCCUUAAGCACAGUCUACCCCAAGGGAGGUGCUCAUGUCACUCAAGACUCCGUGGCCAAUCAGAACCUUCAGGCGGACCUGCCAAUCAGAAGAGAAGGCGGGUUCUUCCGGGUGCCAGGCGGCGGGUUCCGCCUAGCAGCUGAGCAGGCUUGAGUGUUUUGGGGUGCUGUGCUUUCUGUCCUGCCGCUGGAUGCUAUGAAGUGCGCUCAGGCAAGCUCCGAAGUUGCGACAUGGAUUGUCCAGAAAUAGGGUUCCAACCCAUAACAAAGGAAACAACCCUGAUUUACAACCAGCCACCAGGCCCAUCCCCAUGUCAAAGAGCAGGCCUCUAACAAAGUGCUCAAUGGGGCAUUGCAGGAUCACAAUCAACAGUAAGGCCUGGUGUGCCAUAAAGGUUCCGUUUUCUUCUUGUGAAAAGCAUAGUUCUGCCACAUGGGCAAGAUGACACCUGGUGACAACCAUUUGAAAAGGAAUAUGAAUAUUUUACCUGUGUGCAUGAAUAUCCAUAUUAUGUAUGCCUGAUCCCCAUAGUAGUCAGAAGAUGGCUUCAGAAUUCCUGAACUUGGAGUAAUGGAUAGUUGUGAAGCCCCUUGAUGCGGUGACUUAUGAUGAUGUGAAUGUGAACUUCACUCAAGAAGAAUGGGCUUUGCUGGAUCCUUUACAGAAGAGUCUCUACAAAGAUGUGAUGCUGGAGACCUAUAAGAACCUCACUGCUAUAAGCUGCAACUGGAAAGACCAUAAUAUUGAAGAACAUUUUCAAAGUUUCAGAAGACAUGGAAGGCAUGAAAAAAGUCGUACUGGAGUGAAACCCUCUGAAUAUUCUCACUGUGGUAAAGCCUUUGCAUGUCACAGUUAUCAUCAAAGGCAUGAAAGAAUUCAUACUGGAGAGAAACCCUCUGAAGAUACUCAGUAUAGUGAAGACUUUGUACAUCACAGACGUCUCCAAAUACAUAAAAGAACACAUUCUAGAGAGAAACCCUACAAAUAUGACCAAUGUGAUAAAGCCUAUUCACAAUAUAGUCAUCUCCGAGGACAUAAAAGAACACACACUGGAGAGAAACCUUAUGAAUGUAAGCCGUGUGAUAAAGCCUUUACAUACCAUUCUCAACUUCAAAAUUGUGAAAUAAUUCAUACUGGAGAGAAACUCUACAACUGUAAUGGAUGUGAUAAAGUCUAUUCACAACACAGUCAUCUUCAAAUACAUAAAAGCACACAUCCUGGAGAGAAACCCUAUGCAUGUAAGCAGUGUGGUAAAGCCUUUACAUACCAUUCUGAACUUCAACGUCAUGAAAGAAUUCAUACUGGAGAGAAACCCUACAAAUGUAAUCAAUGUGGUAAAGCCUUUGUACAACAGUGUAAUCUUCGAAUACACAAAAUAAUACAUACUGGAGAGAAACCCUACAAAUGCAAUAAGUGUGAUAAAGUCUAUUCACGACACAGUACUCUCCAAAUACAUAAAAGCACACAUACUGGAGAGAAACCCUAUGAAUGUGAUCAAUGUGGUAAAGCCUUUGCAUAUCCUAGUUAUCUUCAAAGGCAUAAAAGAACACAUACUGGAGAGAAACCCUAUGAAUGUGAUCAAUGUGGUAAAGCCUUUGCACAACACAGUCAUCUCCAAAUGCAUAUAAUAAUACAUACUGGAGAGAAACCUUACAAAUGUAAUCAGUGUGGUAAAGCCCUAGCAUCUCAUAGUUAUCUCCAAGUACAUAAAAGAACACAUACUGGAGAGAAACCCUAUGGAUGUGAUCAGUGUGGUAAAUCCUUUGGAUAUCAUGGUCAUCUUCAAAUACAUAAAAGAACACACACUGGAGAAAAACCCUAUGAAUGUAAUCAGUGUGGUAAAGCUUUUGCAUCUCAUAGUAAUCUCCAAGUACAUAAAAGAAUACAUACUGGAGAGAAAGCCUAUGAAUGUAAUCAGUGUGGUAAAGCCUUUGCAUAUUCUGGUCGUCUUCAAAUACAUAAAAGAAUACAUACCGGAGAGAAGCCCUAUGAAUGUAAUCAAUGUAAUAAAGCCUUUGCACAAAACAGUGAUCUCCAAACACAUAUAAUAACACAUACUGGAGAGAAACCUUACAAAUGUAAACAGUGUGGUAAAGCCUUUGCAUCACAUAGUUAUCUUCAAGUACACGAAAGAACACAUACUGGAGAAAAACCCUAUGAAUGUAAUCAGUGUGGUAAAGCCUUUGCAUAUCAUGGUCGUCUUCAAAUACAUCAAAGAACACAUACUGGAGAGAAACCCUAUGAAUGUAAUCAUUGUGGUAAAGCAUUUGCACAACACAGUAAUCUCCAAGUGCAUAAAAGAACGCAUACUGGAGAGAAACCCUAUGAAUGUAAUCAGUGUGGUAAAGCCUUUGCAUAUCACAGUUAUCUCCAAGUACAUAAAAGAAUGCAUACUGGAGAGAAACCCUAUGAAUGUGAUCAAUGUGGUAAAGCCUUUGGAUAUCAUGGUCAUCUUCAAAUACAUCAAAGAACACAUACAGGAGAGAAGCCCUAUGGAUGUAGUCAGUGUGGUAAAGCAUUUGCAGGUCAGAACGAUCUUAAAAGACAUGAAAGAAUUCAUACUGGAGAGAAACCCUACAAAUGUAAUGAAUGUGGUAAAGCCUUUGCGUGUAACACUAGUCUCCGAAUACACAAAGCAACCCAUACUGGAGUGAAACCUUACGAAUGUAAGCAAUGUUGUAAAUCCUUUGCCUCUCAUGGUCAACUUCAAAAACAUGAAAGAAUUCAUACUGGAGAGAAACCUUACAAAUGUGGUCAAUGUGGUAAAGCCUUUUCACAAUCAAGCCACCUCCAACUACACAAAAGAACACACACUAAAGAGUAACCCUGUGAAUGUAACCAAUGUGGUAAUAAAGCCUUUACUGUGAUCAUCAAA